UGCACACAGCCAACCCCAGAGGCAGCCUUCGUCAUGUGCUCUCGGGAAACCGAAACCGGACUGGGGUUCUGAGGCAUUUCCUGAGACCGGUCUUCAGGCACGCCACACUGUGAGGCUUCUGGGUUGGAGGACGUUCUGUGGGGGCUCCACAGCAGAAAGGAGUUGGGGCUCCUAGGCCCCUUCGUCGGUGCUCUAGGCAGGGCUGGGCUUCUAGGCCAGGCCAUGGCUGUCCUGUGGCUCCUCUGGGUAUGUCUGCUGGUCCCAGGCAUGGAAGGUGCCCAAGAUGGGGACAUGCGACUGGUCAACGGAGACACACCUAGUGAGGGCCGUGUGGAAAUCUUCUACAGAGGCCAGUGGGGGACAGUGUGUGACAACCUCUGGAACCUUUUGGAUGCUAACGUUGUCUGCCGGGCCCUGGGAUUUGAGAAUGCCACGAAGGCAUUGGGCAGAGCCGCCUUUGGGCCAGGAAGUGGCCCUGUCAUGCUGGAUGAGCUGGAAUGCAAUGGAACCGAGCCCUCUCUGGCCAACUGCAGCUCCCUGGGGUGGCUGAAGAGCAAAUGCAAGCAUGACCAGGAUGCCAGCGUGGUUUGUGCCAACGAAACCAGGAGUGUGCACACUCUCGACCUCUCUGGGGAGCUCUCUGAAGCCCUGGGCCAGAUCUUCGACAGCCAGAAGGGCUGUGACUUGACUAUCCAGGUGACAGCGAAGGAGCAGGGGCAGAGGCAGGAGCAAGAUGACCUGAGCCUGUGUGCCCACACGCUGAUCCUGAACACCAACCCCGAGGCCCAGGCCCUGUGGGAGAAGCCGGGCAGCGGUGUCGUCAUGAGAGUGGACGCCGAGUGCUUGCAUGUCGUCAGGGACUUUGUCAGGUACUUUUAUUCCCGAAGGAUCGAGGUCUCCCUGUCGAAUGUGAAGUGCUUCCAUAAGAUGGCCUCAGCUUUCGGAGCCACACAGCUGCGGGACUUCUGCGGGAGCCUCUUUGCCACCCUCCUUCCCCAGGACCCCUCAUUCCGAACACCCCUGGACCUCUACGCCUAUGCUCAGGCCACUGGGGACGCUCUGCUGGAGGAUCUGUGUGUGCAGUUCCUGGCCUGGAACUUCGAGGCUCUCAUCCAGGCUGAGGCCUGGACAAGCGUCCCCACCAGCAUGCUGCAGGCACUGCUCCCCAAGAGCGAGCUGGCCGUGCCCAGUGAGCUGGCCUUGCUGAAGGCCGUGGACGCGUGGAGCACGGCGACCGGCGCCGCCCACUGGGAGGUGGAAAGCCUCGUAGAGCUGGUCCGUUUUCCCAUGAUGCCGCCCGAGGACCUCUUCGAGCUGCAGUUCAACCUGACCCUGUACCAGGGACACGAGGACCUGUUCCAGAGGAAGAUCAUGCAGGCCCUGGAGUUCCACACCGUACCCGUCUGGGUGCUUGCCCGGUACAUAGGCCUGAACCUCACGGAGGACACGUACAAGCCGCGGAUUUAUACGUCGGCCACGUGGAGCGCGUCGGUGACGGCCAGCUCCCGGGGUGCUCGAAACGUCGUGCAGAACUAUCCAUACAGGAGGAAACUGUCAUAUAAUUAUUACCCAGUGUCCCCCUACAGCUACCCCUACGAGUCCUUCCAGACCCCUCAGCACCCCAGCUUCCUCUUCCAGGCCAAGCUGGUCUCCUGGUCAUUUGCUUACCUCUCCACCGUGGAGAGCUGCUGGAAUUACGGGUUCUCUUGCUCCUCAGACGAGCUCCCCGUCCUGGGCCUCACCAAGUCCGGCUACUCAGACCCCACCAUCGGGUACGAAAACAAAGCGCUGAUAUUCUGCAGGGGGAGAUUCGUGGUGGGCGUCACUGACUUUGAGGGCUCCAAGGCUGCCAUCCCCAGUGCCUUGGGCACCAAUAGUUCCAAGGCUGCCUCUCCAUACCCCUGCUCCUCCGGGUCCUUCAGCAGCUUCCGGGUGGCCAUCCGCCCCUUCUACCUGACCAACUCAACUGGGCUGGCCUAGGUGGCAUGGACAGCGGUGGGCCCCAGAGUUGGGCCGGCUCCAGACACCACCCUGGGGGAUCCCCUCCUGGGCCUCCUUCCUAUCGCCAGUCACCUCCAGCAGCCUGCCACCAGACGUCCCCAGCUUCUGCUGCUUCUGUGAGCUUAAAGAAUCACCGAGAGGUUUCAACCAGCACUUACCCGGGCACGGACGACGCCCACAGCUCCCACUGCCUGGCUGGCUUCCAGACACAGGCGUGUGAGGUCCUGUGGGAUUUUCUUAUGCCCCUCCUGCAAUUUCUGUCCGUCACAUCAUUAAAAUUACAUUGCACUUUC